AUGAGUUCUGAAAUCCUGGAGUUCCUGGAGCUGAGGAACUCUCGAUUAGAGGAACUUUUGUAUCUUAGCAAAGAUCCGCUUCUUACGAAUGUAUGUGGCCAACUAGAUGGUACAAGAAGUGUGGGCCAAGUUGAGGGUAGACAAAAGGGACAUAACUACGGUUUCAGCUCAAUUCCAGGGAUUGAAAAUGAGAAAGAGUUUGCUGAGUCGGUAUUGAAGUCAGUUAGGAUACAAUUGAAUCCUAUUGUGGAAAAUGCUUCGCAUAAAAGGAGCCUUGAUAGUAAUGAAAAGGAUAUUCAAAAAAAGAAAAUGGCCAAGAUAUCGGGGCCUGCUGGCGGACCUUUUAUGCCUUCAAGUAAUAAUGAUGAACGAAAGCUGAUUUUAUCUCUCAAGACGCAGAAAGAAUACGAUGAUGAAGAAAACAAUAAAUUCUUGGAACGCAGUAUCUCUGAUUUAGAAAUACUCUCAGUUCCUGAUCAUUAUCCAACAAAACCUCAUAAUGUUUCUCCUUUAGCAGAGCUAUAUUAUUUAACUCAGACACUUCCAUUGGUAAGAUUGUUACCAGGAAGUCAUAAGGCUCUCUUGACUGAAAAUUUUGAGCUGGCCCUCUUAGAAGGGAAAAUUGCAGUUUUGUAUUCUCGUAUCGAAGAAUUAAAGAGGCAAGGAAAAUGGUCGCUAAGGCAACCAAAGAAGUACAAUGAUCCGUUCUUACGAAAUGAUGAGAAACCGGCGAAGCAUCAUUGGAGUACUCUUCUACAGGAAGGCAAAUGGAUGGCAGUAGACUUCAAAGAAACCCGUAAAUACAAGUUGGCAUGUUGUUUUGAAAUAUCAAAUACAAUUACGGCAUAUUGGAAUCAUGAUUCUUCUGUAUGUGUGAAACGCAAACCCAUAGUUUACCUUGACGAAGAGAGAAUAGCUAAAGAAAAUCAAUCGUUUUAUGACAAAUCGGAACAAGAUAGUGAUCCAAAGGAGGAAACAGGACAAGAGCUUGAAGAACAGCUUGAUAUUCCGCAAGUAGAGGAGGCUCGCGAUGAACAAAAUGACGAUAUAGAGGAAGGUAAAGCUACGGAGGAGAACCUGAAUAUAUCUGAAAAUGCUGAAAGUAAGGAAGAAGGAAUUCAAAUUUUUAAGGAUGCUAACACUGAUUUCUCAGAUCCUGUUACAAUUGAUGUCGAAGUCCUUUUAGCGGGAAAUAAAGCAUCUGAGGAAAACGCGGAGUCAUCUAAGGAAGAAGCUGCCAUAUUAGAAAUAAGUCGCAGUGCUUGGCCGCUUAAUUUAAAUUCCAACUUAGACAGCAUGAAAAAAAUUGACCAGUCAAUUAUCAAGAAUUUGCCCAAGUACAGUGCAUUUGACGAUGCUUCAAAGCAUAUGUCUGCACCAAUAUUGCACCCUACAGAAUCUCCUUUAGCUGCAGUCUCUCGUCUACUUUAUCCCUUUGAAGAUGAAAAUUGGUACAAAAUAGUUCUUCAGGAUUCAAUUGAUUUCAAGAAGUCAAGCAAAUCAGACGGUCCCCCAGAUUAUCAAAAGGGACUUUUCGGAACACUGUCCCAACGUCGCUUUAACUACUUGAAGCCACCGAAACCACCAUUGAUUAAAAAUAUUGAAUAUAGAUCCCCUACUAUUUGGUUACCGCAAGAUGAUAGAUAUUUGAUUCACUCUGUUGCAGAGUUUUGCUUCAAUUGGGAUCUAAUAUCUGAACACUUACUGUCUUCAGCAUCCACCUUAAAAAGAUACGAAUCGAAUAUUGAAAGGAGGACUCCUUGGCAAUGUUUUGAGAGAUAUAUCCAAUUGAACGAGAAGUUUCAAUUCUCUGACAUGAAAGGAAUAUAUGCAUAUCAAGCUCAGCAGUGGUUAGAAAGAGCACAUAGGGCUCAACUGACUACCAAAAGGCGUAUUUCGCCUCUUGGUGUCGGUAAUGAAUCUAUUCAGAGGGGUCAUAGACGCUUAAGGUGGGCAUCCAUGUUUGAUGCCAUAAGAAAAUGCAUGAAAAAGCGAGAAAUUACGCACGCUAAACUUGCCCAAAGAAAUUCCACUCCAGUAACAAAUUCAAGUCAAAGUGUGAGCGGAACAGCGUCCAGUUCUAAUAACGUUGCUUCUGAGACACCCUCGGCACUCAGUACAUCAAAAAGACCAAGUGAUAGAAUUCCUACACCUGCAGAGUUAUCAAAGUUGAAAUUUGAAAGAGACAAAUCAAUACAAGAGGCCUAUUUAAAUCAACAAGCAACGAGGUCAAGAAUGAUGGCAGCGGUGGCCCAACAACAGAAACAGCAACAAACCCAAUCAUCAGGAAAUAGACAGAUUUCAAAUCCCUCCUCACAGGGAUCAUCUUCCAAUGGUGUGGCACCUCUCCAGGGUGCAAAUGCUAAGAGUAUUCCAAGCAGUGCUAAUUCCAACGCCAAGACACCUACUAUUUCAAAUAACUACCCACAGCAACAACAAAGCCAAGUUUCUGGAUUUAAGAGACCCACGACUCCUAAUGGUACUCCUUAUACUGCUGAACAAAUCCAGCAAUUGUUACAAUUUCAAAAACAAAGGAGGUUAAUGCAACAACAAAAUCUGCAAAACAAACAAGGUACUCCUCCUGCGCUGGUGAAUCCUACUCAGUCUCAGGCAACGACUAUUAAUAAAAGCUUGUUGAACCUGCAUAGCUCCGGACCUCAGCAAACUCAGCUACCACAUCAAGGAUCGACGCUCCAGCAGGUUCCUUCGCAAGCUGGGUCGAGUUCCACAACGAAUUCAAGAAUUCAUUUUGCACCCGCUCAAGUUUCGGCCAUCAUUAACUCUAUCCAAACGAAGAAUCCAGAACUUAGUAAGGAGCAGGUUACUAAGCUUGCAGCUACUUAUUUGGCUAAUAUUCAGCAACAGCAGCAGAGUAGACUCCAGCAACAGCGGCAACUGCAGCAAAGACAGCUGCAACAGCUGUCACAGGGGCCCAAUAAGAUUGGUUCCUCUCAACAACGAAUGGGGCUGUCUUCCACUCAAAAACAACCGCAAAUUGCCACGUUGACUCCACAAGAAAGAAAUCAACUACAAAUGUUGAAGGCCGCAAAAAAUGCUCAACAGCAACAGCUACAGCAGCAAUUACAACAACAGCAACAAAAGCAGCAACUGCAAUUGCUGCAACCACAGCUGCAUCAAAUACCACAGCUGCAAAUUCUGCUGGACCAGUUAUCGUCGCCCUUAGAUGGUAUGUCCAAAUUUGAGUACGAACAACGGAAAAAACUUCUUAUUCAAAAACAUCAACAACUGCAAAGGCUUGCUAAUUCUAACAUAGCUGCAUUGGGUGGGCAAGGGUCUCCAAUGUCAUCUGCAGCAUCUUCUGCAUCUACUCCAACAGGCACUCCCAACUUUUCUAGCGCAAACUUAACAAACCCCGAUGCACAAUAA